UAAUAUUUGCUGCUGAAGGUGAGAUUUAUCAAUUUCCGUCUGCUCCAAAAGUAAAUUUUCGUGAGUAUUCUGAAAUUUCGUACAGGUAAGAAUUUUGACAUGGGAGAUGCAGACCAGGAACAACCAGAAAAAAAUGACAGUGCAGACGAGUCAGAAGAUGAAGGGGAAGUCUUAGAAUAUUCGCCAUGUGGUAGAUGGCAGAAAAGAAGAGAAGAAGUAGAACAGCGUGAUGUUCCAGGUAUUGAUUAUGCCUUUCUUGCUAUGGAUACAGAAGAAGGUGUUGAAGUAGUAUGGAAUGAAGUACAGUUUUCUGAAAACAGGAACUUGAAGGCUCAAGAGGACAAAAUAAGACAGGUGUUUGAUAACUUAAUCCAAUUAGACCAUCCAAAUAUAGUCAAAUUUCACAAGUACUGGACAGACACAAAAGAUGGCAAAUCAAGAGUCAUCUUCAUAACAGAAUAUAUGUCAUCUGGUUCACUGUCUCAGUUCAUGAAGAAAACAAGGAAAAAUAAUAAAACAUUUAAUUUAAAGGCAUGGAAGAGAUGGUGUACCCAGAUUCUUUCUGCACUGAGCUACCUUCACUCCUGCAAUCCUCCAAUAACUCAUGGAAAUUUAGCAUGUGAUACAAUAUUUAUACAGCACAAUGGACUUAUCAAGAUUGGUUCAGAAUAUGGUGCAGUAUGUUAUGUGACAGGAGAAAUCAGGGAGACUAAAGUUGCUCCAGAUGCUAUGCAUCAUGUAAAGACAUACAGAAAAGAUAUAAAGAACAUGCAUUGCAUUGCACCUGAAUAUGCAGAUAUAACGUCAGCUGACCAGUCAGAUCCAGGUGCCUUUGGACCUCCUAUUGAUAUAUAUUCUUUUGGAAUUUGUGCAUUAGAGAUUGCAGCUCUUGGUUUUCAAGGAAAUGGUGGUGAAUCCAGUGUUCAUGUUACAGAAGAAAACAUAAAAAGAACUUUAGAAUCUUUAGAAAAUCCAGUACAGAGAGAUUUUAUAUCUCAGUGUAUUAUAAAAGAUCCAGCUGAGAGACCAAAUGCUAGGGAACUGUUAUUCCAUGCCAUAUUGUUUGAAGUACAUUCUUUGAAGCUUCUUGCUGCUCACACAUUUGUCAAAAGUCUUUCAAUUCUUCCUGAAAAUUUAACAGAUGAAGCAUUUAUUAAAAGGAUAAAUCCCAAUACUGUAUUUGCUGAAAUCAAAUGUAAAGAACCAGUGCAAUGGAAACGAUCACAAGUGCCAAAUUUAGAAUUAGAAAAGUUUUUGGAAGAUGUAAGAAAUGGAAUUUAUCCCUUGACAGCAUUUACUAUGCAAGAUCCACCAACUAAAACACGCCCUGUGACUCCUGAGGUGGACAAUCCACAAAAGUCAGAAGAUCAGAAUUCCUUAGAUGUAGAAAAUCGUUUGGUGACAUCUUCCUCAUGUAAUGUCAGGAAAGAUGAUUCCUCUAAAUACCACAUAACACUCCAGUUAAAAAUGGAUGAUAAAAUGAAUAGACAGUUAACAGCUGAUUUUUCCAAAGAUGACAAUGCAGAAAUCCUUGCACAAGAACUAGUUCACUAUGGAUUUAUUAACAAGAAUGAUGAAGAAUCAAUUGCCAAGUUGAUAAAUGAUCAGCUGAUGACUAUUUUACAGAAAACAAAUAUCCCUGUAGAAGGAUCAUGAUAUAUCACUGUUGUGCUGUUCAUUAUGGAAAUCUUACUAACAUGCUAGUCACAUGUAAUAAAAAAGUGUCUCAUGUCCUACAGUCAGAGUACAAACACUGGUGUAGUUAUUGUGAAGCUGAAUCGGACCAUUCAAGUUCCAAAAGACAGAACAAUAUGGUGCUAUUUACUAAAAGAUGAAAAUAUUGUUUUUUUGGUGGUUCAGAAUCAAAAUACUUUUAUUAAGAGAUUGUAAUGGAAAAAUAGAUGUAUUAUUAAAACACUUGUAAUUUUAUUUGAAAUAUUAAGCAUUGAGUGGCAUUAAUUUUUUUCAAAUAUUUAAUAUGAGGAAAAAAGAUUUUUUUCCUAUUUU